AUGGAGGUGCAGUGCACCGAGCUGGUCGGUGAUGAACUCCAGGCUUCCGAACUGGAAGUGACAAAUGUCAAUGUUGUGGCCUCCUACCUAAACAACAUCGAGCCGCUUAAUGGAGCGAAUUUUCCUGACCGGAAGGGCAAGGUCAUGACAUGCUUGGCUUGGAAUGAUCUAGAUCUGGCAUUAAGGGAGGAUAAGCCUGCUGUUGCUGCAGGACAGACUUCAGCUGCUCUGGAAAAGUGGGCAAGAUCAGACCGCAUGGCUCUUAUGGUCAUGUCUCAGACCAUCAGUGCUGGCAUUAAGGGCGUCAUCCCCACCAAGGAUGCACAGGGAGCAGAUCUGAGUGCUAAGGCCUUUCUGGCAAAGAUUGAGGAGAACUUCAAGAGCUCGUCCAAGACUUAUGCAAGCACUCUCAUCAUGAAGUUAGUGGCCUAUCAGUAUGAUGGGAAGAAUGGCAUCAGGCAGCACAUUCUCAACAUGUGUGACAUGGCCAAUAAGCCUAAGGAGAUGCAGAUGAGAUCUCUAAAGUAUGCUGCAUUUAAGAUCAAUUACAACACCAACAAGACUGUCUGGUCUAUCAGUGAGUUGAUCAACUACUAUGUUGAAGAAGAAAAAAGGCUUAAGACUGUGAAGAUGAAGGAUAUUGUCAACAUGGUUGGCAACCUUAGCAUUUCAGGCACUCAUAAGAAUCAGCAUGAGUCAGGUAGCAACAAGUAA